AUGAUACAAGAGGCCAUCGAAGCAUUGAACAAUACAGAUCCAGAGGUCCUCGACAGAAAUCCUCCACUACACUUCGACCUUCUUCGACUUCAACUAAUUGAGUUGAUACGCGCACACAAUUCUAAUCCAAUAGGUGAUAUAACACCAGCUCUCCAAUUCGCUGCAGACCAACUUGCACCACGUGCACCAACUAACUCACGAUUCAUGGAAGAUAUGGAAAAGACUAUGGCCCUUCUAGUGUUCCCCCCAGAUAAGCUCGAUUCAACCCUGGCAAACUUAUUAGACCCAUCUCUUCGGAAAGUUGUGGCCGAGAAUGUCAAUAUGGCUAUAUUAGUGUCGCAGAAGAGCCGGAGAGAAGCAAGUAUUAGGAGUCUUGUUCGACUCAGGGCAUGGGCCGAGGAAAAAGCGAGAUCACAGAAGAUAGAGUUACCUCCCAGUUUGAAGCUAGAACUUGACGAUAAGAAACAGGAGAUUUGUCUCUCGGAACCGAUGGCAAUCUAA